AUGAGGUGCUUUGCCUUCCUCUCCUUUGUCAGUCAUGUGGCGGCCUUAUGGCCCAUCCCUCAAUCUUUCACAAACGGAACUUCAACUGUUUGGAUUGCGGAGGACUUUGGGGUCUCAUACAAUAAUGGCGAUCUUCCGGACCCCAAAAAUGGAACAAAUACGAUCUCAAGCUUGGAGAUUGUUGCAGCCGCCGUGCAGAGGGCUCGAGAGUCUAUCUUCACAAGUAGUAUUGUUCCUUGGAAGUUCCAUCCACGCAAUGAGCUGGAGAAAUUCGAACCCUCUGCGACUAGCGAUUCAAAGACAUAUAUAACGGAACUUCAGAUCAUCCAGACGACAGAAGACAGCAAAUCAACAUUCAAGCCCCUAGCGGGCACAGUUGAUGAGACUUACAACUUAACCAUUGGAACAAACGGCGCGGCAACCAUCUCAGCAGUAUCGUCUACUGGCAUUCUUCGCGCUCUCGAGACUUUCACGCAGUUAUUCUAUUCGCACUCGGUCAAAGGCACUGGCGUGUAUUCCAAUCUCGCCCCCGUUAGUAUCAGUGAUUGGCCAAAGUUCAGCCAUCGAGGUUUGGACUUGGAUGUUUCCAGAAACUGGUACCCCAAAGAGCACAUCCUCCGUACCAUUGAUGCCCUUUCUUGGAGCAAAUUCAACCGUUUCCACAUCCACAUGACCGAUGCACAAUCUUGGCCUUUGGAUAUCCCCGCGCUACCAGAGCUAUCUCAAAAAGGCGCGUACCAAGCUGGACUAUCCUAUACGCCUCAAGAUAUCGAAGAUAUCCAGAUCUACGGUAUCUAUCGUGGUAUCGAAGUUAUCAUCGAGAUAGAUAUGCCUGGUCACACAACAGCCAUUGGAUUCGCGUAUCCAGAGCUUAUCACUGCAUUCCGUCAGCGGCCAUGGCGGAAUUAUUGCUCUGAACCUCCUUGCGGACAACUCAAGCUUAAUUCCACGGCGGUAUACGAAUUUGUCACCAAACUGUUCGAUGAUUUGCUGCCCAGAAUUUCUCCAUAUUCGGCAUAUUUCCACACUGGUGGCGAUGAGAUUGAAAGUAGCGACUACCUUCUGGAUGACACUGUCAACUCCAAGGAGAUCGCAGUCAUCACUCCCUUACUUCAAAAGUUUAUCGACCACAGUCAUGACUUGGUCAGGAAAGCAGGUCUUGUACCAAUUGUCUGGCAGGAGUUGCUUCUCACAUGGAAUCUUACCCUCGGAAACGAUGUCAUCAUUCAGACCUGGGAUGGUGUUAAAGCUAUUGGCACAGUGACCUCGCGAGGACACAAAGCUCUCUUCGGAGAUACCGACAGCUGGUACCUCGCCUGUGGCCACGCAAAAUGGUUCAACUUCAAAGACGCCGACAUCCCAGCUAACUACCCGUACACUGACUUUUGUUCGCCGAUUAACAACUGGCGUGUGGUGUGGGAGUAUGACCCAACCGCUUCUCUGUCUGCUGAGCAGGCUGCGUUGGUCAUCGGAGGCGAGAUCCAUCUCUUUAGCGAGCAGAGUGACCCGUCAAACCUGGAUAUAAUGCUCUGGCCACGGUCGUGUGCCGCGGGAGAAAAUAUGUGGUCUGGGCGUAAAUCUCUGAGUGGGCAAACGAGGAGCCAAAUCGAGGCAGCCGUGAGAUUGUCUGAUCUGAGAGAGAGGAUGGUGUUGAGGGGAAUAAAACUUGCACCGGUUCAAAUGGCGUGGUGUACACAGUAUGGUGGUGACUGCACGUGGUGA